UGCUAUUUUUCCAAUUUGGAAGAAAUCUUUUUUAAUUUUUUUUAUAAUAAAAACCUACGAAUUUUACAAUAUUAAUUACAACCACAAAUACUAAACAAAAACUUUAAGACUCUAUAUUUUUAAAAAAUUCAACAACCAAACAAUCGCAAAUAAGUGUUAAUAAUUUGUUUUGGCAAGAAAAAAAGACAACAAGAAGACAUUAUAAAAUAUAUUAAAGAAAACUUUGAAGAAAUUGCAUUUUUUCCAACAACACUUGAGGUGGAAGAAGACUAUGGACAAUAAUGUAGACAGCGUUAACAACACAUCAACCACAACAACAACAAGUAAUUUAACAACUAAAACAUUAUCAUCGUCAUCCUCAUCAUCAGCCACAACAACAGCAGCGGCGGCAAGCGCAGCACAAACCAAACAACAAGCCCAACAACCACCAAUAUUAGUGACAACAACAACAAAUUCAUUUUGGAAAAAUAGUAAUCGUAUAGUACCAGGAAGACCUAGUCCAAAGAGAGUCAAUCCACUAGGUGACACAGUAACAGGCAGUGGAGGAGUUAUGAUGGCCACUUUUCGUGAUUAUCAAAAUUCGGUUAGCGAUGCCUGGGAUACGGGUGAUGAUGAGUUCUGUAUAAUAUCAAGUGCAGCUAUGCAGCAGCAACAACAACAGCAUCAGCAACAAAAUUUGCAUAGAAGUCCUGAUGGCACAUUAUCCAAAACUGACCCUAGAAUAUCCCGACAAGUUUCACAAACUUUGGCUCAAAAUGUUAUAGAAAUACACAAAACUUCUACAGCUGCGGGCGGAGUUUUCGUUGCUGCUAAUGUUGGCCAUAUGAGUAAUAACAAUUCAAAUACCGAUACAUCAAAUCAACAACAAUCUCAUGAUGUUAAAUGUGCGGCUAAACAACAACAAAAUGACCAGUCUAAUAAAAAGGAAUGUAAAGUGGAAACACAGGAACAAAGACCUCGUAUACGUCAUAUUCAAGCUUUACCCGGACGACCCCAACUGCAAAAAUUCACUACAAACUCUCAAGAUUCCGAAUACGAAACAAAAAUAGAGAAAUUCGAAUUAUUACUGGAUUCACCGCUCUUGGAUUUGGUGGCAUUGAAAAAACUAAGUUGGUCCGGAAUACCCCGCAAGAUGCGCGGCAUAAGUUGGCGUUUAUUAUCGAAAUAUUUACCACCCUCGGGAGAACGACGCAAUGCGGUAUUGGAAAGUAAACGUCAGGGUUAUCAAGAUUUAAGACACAAUUACUUUAGGGUGGACAGUCAAGAUGAAUCACAGCAAGAUACCUAUAGACAAAUACAUAUCGAUGUGCCACGUAUGAAUCCCCAAAUAUCGCUCUUCCAACAAAAGCUAGUACAAGAAAUGUUUGAACGUGUCUUAUUCAUUUGGUCUAUACGUCAUCCAGCCUCGGGCUAUGUUCAAGGCAUUAAUGAUUUAGUAACACCCUUCUUUAUUGUAUUUCUACAAGAACAAUUGCCGCCAGGUACUGAUAUUGAAAAACUUGAUAUGAACUCGUUAUCGGUUGAAAUUCGUGAUGCCAUUGAAGCUGAUUCAUUUUGGUGUUUAUCAAAAUUCUUAGAUUGUAUACAGGAUAAUUAUAUAUUUGCUCAACUGGGUAUACAGGAGAAGGUGAAUCAAUUGAAAGAUUUAAUACAAAGAAUAGAUGGAACUUUACAUCGCCAUUUACAAUCUCAUGGUGUUGACUAUUUACAAUUUUCAUUUCGUUGGAUGAAUAAUCUAUUAACUCGUGAAUUGCCUCUGCAUUGUACCAUACGCUUAUGGGACACCUAUUUAGCUGAAUCCGAUGGUUUUGCUUUAUUUCAUUUAUAUGUUUGUGCUGCAUUCCUAUUACAUUGGAAGGAGGAGUUAAUGCAACAAAAUGAUUUUCAGGGUCUCUUAUUACUGCUACAAAAUCUGCCUACACACAAUUGGUCUGAUCGUCAAAUAAAUGUCUUAGUUGCUGAAGCCUUUCGCCUCAAAUUUACGUAUGCCGAUGCUCCCAAGCAUUUAGAGGCAAAAAGUUGACAUCGUCAUCAUUAUCUUUAUGUGUCUUAGAUAAAAAUUCCCUUUUAUGAAACACACACAAUCCAAUAUACAAAAAAAAUUUAAUAAUUUUUAUAAUUGUUUUUGUUAAUUUUUUUGUUUCGUCUAAAAUACCAAAACUGUUUAGUAAAUAUUUAUACUUUUGCUAUUUGGUAAAGUUCUAAUUCUUUUCAAUUUUCUCUUUUAUUCUUUUGCUCUUUAUAAAACGAAAACAAUAUGCAUAUUAUUAUUAAACAAACAAAUAAAAAUAAAUUUAUAUCUAUACAAAAACAAAACAAAUUAUAUUUAACAAAACACAAUCCCCCGUUUUUUAGUAAGUAAAGCUUAAAGCAUUAGAUAAUAUUUGUAGUAGUGUGUCAAAAGAAAUAAAAAUAAAAGAAACUCUUUAACAGAAAAAAUAAAUUAAACAAAAUAACAAAAACACAAAGUUAAAAACAAAUUUUCUGUCUUUCGAAUGUAGUCAUUAAUAAGAUUUGUAAUUUUUAUUAAAUAUUUAAAUUUAAACUAAAAAUAAAACCCCAUAGCAAACAAAAUAUAAACACGGAUAGUAUGUUAUAGAAAAUUAAUUAUAAAUUAAAUAGAUAUACAUACUUGCUACAUAUAGAGUAAAUGUCAAAGGCAUACCUUAAUUGUACGCAAUUAUAUUAAUAGUUUACUGUAUGUAACAUUCAAUAUUUAAUGAAUUCUACUUUAAUUAUUUAAAACAAAAAUAUUUAAUAAAACGAAAUGAAAAAAAAAACAACCAUAAAUAAAACCUACACACACACUUACAUUACACCUUACACUUUGUAUAUAAUCUUUAUAUUAUUAAAAAUGGAUAAACAAUAUUAAAA